UUAUCCAAUCUGAUUCAAAUCGUAACUCAAGAAACUCAUAGGGUCUUGAAAUUAAUGGGCGUUUGUAUUUGCCAUUAUUUAAACUCGAUACUCAUUGGUUGGAUGAUUAAAAAUGAUCCAAAAUCGACUCAAGUACACCCAUAUACUCCCCAUGAAAGGAUGUAGAACUUGCCCGUUGCGUCAUGUCAGUCAGUGCUUAUUUGUGUCCUUGAAAUCAAUAUUGAUACUUGGAGGGGGGGGGGGGGGGGGGGGGGGGGGGACAUCCAUAGAUCUGGCUCCACUGUUGACUCACAGUAUCGAUCCUCCCAUUACUGAAGAGUGAAGACUGUCAAUUUUUCCAAUGUCAAGAACUGGUUGAUACCAACAACUCGAAUUGUUGGGAUAUGUUCGAUAAUGGAUCUAAUACCACAUACAAACACGCCAUCUCAAAAGAAAGUAACUCAUAUAGCCUUGAAAUUUGUACAUACACGAGAUGCCAUGUGCUUAUCAAUUGGGGUUACUGAAAUUCAAAUAGAAGACAUUUCGGUCACAAAAAGGUUCUGAUACCAUGUCAUGAACCUUUUGAUCCCUAUAAUACAUAUUGUUGAGAGAUUUCAAUAAUUGAUCUAUACCACAUGUCGGAUCUUAUAUCACACGACCUAAUGCUUCAAGUGCCAACCUGCCAUGUAAAGAUUUGCAAUUGACCAAGGUUGUCAACCCGCGGGUCGACCCACUUUGACCCUGACCCGGUGAGAAAAACGGGCCGCACGCACCCGCCGGGUCGACCGCUAUAGGGUACCGGAUUGGAGGUCAAAUUGUGUCAUUUUUUUCUUUGUUUUGCGAAAUGCGCCUAUUUUCCGAUUUUUCUUUUCACCUAACUCAAUCUUUGGAAUCCUAAGUUGAACAUUUGAAUAUUAAUGUUAUAUAAGUGUGUGUGAAUUUUCACUAUAUGUUGAAUGUUGAAUCUAAGUACGAAAUUUUAUUUUGGUUUAAUAUUAUAUGUUAUAACUCAUAUGUUAGAUGAGAUUUGAUAUAAUUUAUCAGGAUAAAUACAAUAUAAUGACGCUUUUCAUAUUUCCGGGCUAAACCGGGCUAAAACGGGUGACCCAUUAACCCUUGACCCAGUAGCUCAACCGGGUCUGGGUCAACCUGCGGGUUGACAACCUUGCAAUUGACUAAAGAUUAUUGAGUCAUGUAAAAACUAAAAAAUAAAUAAUUUACACGUGUGAUGUUGGUAUGCUUUUACCUAAUUGUCCUCGUCUGGUCUCUUUCUUCCAUUCUUCGUAAUUUUAAUUUUCUGUACGGAUCUCUGCUCGAACCCUCGGUUUUGUCCGUAGAGAGAGACGCCAGCAGACGACAAAUCCAUGCGUGCCCGCCUCAUCGUCACUAUCGCGUGAACCAAUUGGAUGCCAAUCUAUUUCUCAACUUCAAUCUGCAACUGGGGAACCUAAUUUCUCAUAUCCGUCUUUCAAAUCGGUAAAUCCUCUCUCUCUCUCUGUCGCCGGCGAAUUUCUGACCAGUGGGUAUAGCUCUCUAUUCUAAUGUUUCAUUUCAAUCUCAUGUCUGAAUCAGUGUUGAAUGUUCCGGACUUCUCGCUGGAGUGGGGUUUGAAUCAAUUCAGCGAUCUGCUGCGGUUUCGAGCUCGCUCUGAGUCUAGGUGGUUGGGCGACUCGCGCUCUUGGUUCUCUUCCUUCCAUUUGAAGAUUGCUCUUGGUAUCAAUCUAUUGGUUUCUAUUAUGCUUCGUACUUGCUGCUGUGGCCAAUUUGUUCAUUGGAGAUAUUCAUUUCAUCUUUUUUCUGAUACAUUUCUGCAGCCCAACCUUUGGGAGUUUAUCUAUCUGCUCUCCAUGUGUGCUCAAUACCAGGCUGGUUGUUUAAUUUUAUUUUAGGGUGCUGCUAAUUUGGCAGUCCGAAUUAGUGAUUGUCAGAUUGGUUAUUGACUUAUUGGAAAUGAAAUUAAUUGAGUUUCAAUUGUGUUUCCUCGAGCCUGUAACUUAAUUAUAAGCUCUUACAAGAGUAGGGUUCCGGUUGAAGUAUCUCUAUUUGUUGGUAUACUUUAUCUUUCUUUGGUAUGGGACUGUUUUACAUAGUGAAAAGCAUAAUAUAUACCGUCUCUGCCAUUCGGUAGUAUAAAAUUUGGUCAUUUCUACCUGAAGGAAAUGGGUUUGGGGUGAAUUAUAAGCUUUUAAUUUGUUAAUUAAUGAUGCUGUUCUCCUUUGAAUUCUUACUUGUUGUUUUACGAUUGUGUCUCAGAAGUUUUAAUCUUCACCAAUGUUCUCUUGUGUUUUAGAAGCGUCCGGAUCUUAUGGCUGAUGAGCGAAUUGAUUUUGAGGAUGAAGAAUAUGGAGGGCCUCAGAAGUUGCAAUUUCAAGGAAGUGGUACUAUUCCUGCUCUUGCAGAGGAAGAGAUGGGUGAAGAUGAUGAGUAUGAUGAUCUUUAUAAUGAUGUGAAUGUUGGUGAGAAUUUCCUACAAAUGCAUCGAUCUGAACCACCAGCCCCACCUGCUAAUGUGAGCAAUGGUGGGUUCCCAACUCAGAGUGCUACUGAUUCCAGAGUUGAAGUGACUGGUGGUGCUGGUUCACAAGCUAUACACAAUCCUGGAGUUGCUGCUGAAGGGAAGUACACUAAUCCUACAACACAUUUCCAAGAGACAAAGGAGGGUCCUUCCGUAGUCAAUGGACCAGAAAAAGCAUCAGCUGGCUACCCAGAUGGAUCUGCUUCGCUAAAAGGAAAGACCAUGGAGAUGCCACAUGAUACUCAAGUUCGAAAUAUGGGAUUUCAAGGAGCAUCAUCAAUAUCAUCAAAUAUUGCUGUUGACCCUUCUGGUAUGAAUAGAAAAGUUCCUAUUGAGCCAUCGCCUAUGCCAAGUACUGGAGCAGGUAGUCUCACAAGUGUUCCUCAGAUGCCAGCUAAUCAAAUGGGCAUAAAUGCGGGUGGCAAUAUCAUCCAUGAAAAUCAGGUAAGGGCUCCUAUAGAUAAUGGUGCAACUAUGCUGUUUGUUGGAGAAUUGCAUUGGUGGACAACCGAUGCAGAGCUUGAGGUUGUUUGUUCUCAAUAUGGAAGAGUCAAGGAGAUCAAGUUCUAUGACGAAAGAGCUAGUGGUAAAUCUAAGGGUUAUUGCCAAGUUGAAUUUUAUGAGUCAGCUGCUGCAGCUGCUUGCAAAGAGGGAAUGAAUGGGUUUAUGUUUAAUGGCCGAGCAUGCGUUGUGGCUUUUGCUUCUCCUCAAACAAUUAAGCAAAUGGCGUCUUCUUACAUGAACAAAAGUCAGAAUCAGCCUCAGGCACAGACACAGGCUAGAAGGCCUAUGAAUGAUGGUGCUGGGAGGGGUGCCACGAUGAAUAAUUAUCCAGUUGGGGAUGGUGGGAGAAACUUUGGAAGGGGUGGGUGGGGCCGUGGUGCACCAGGUGUUCUCAAUAAAGCUCCUGGAGUUGGUGGACCAAUUAGAGGAAGAGGAGGCAUGGGUGCUAAGGGUAUGAUGGGGGGUGCUGCUGGUGUUGGAGGCGGUAUCAAUGGGGGAGGCUAUGGACCGGGGCUAGGUGGUCCUGCAUUUGGUGGUCCUGGUGCUGGAAUGAUGCCUCCACAGGCAAUGAUGGGAGCUGGAUUCGAUCCAACAUACAUGGGUAGAGGUGCUGGCUUUGGAGGAUUUGGAGGAGCUCCUGGCUUUCCAGGCAUGCUUCCUCAAUUUCCAUCCGUUAACACGAUGGGACUUGCUGGGGUAGCUCCUCAUGUCAACCCAGCAUUCUUUGGUCGUGGUAUGGCUCCUAAUGCUAUGGGGAUGAUGGGUACCUCAGGAAUGGAAGGGCCAGGCAUGGGAAUGUGGUCUGAGACCGGCAUGGGUGGAUGGGGAGAAGAGCAUGGAAGAAAGACUAGAGAAUCAAGUUAUGGUGCUGAAGAUGGUGCUUCUGACUAUGGUUAUGGAGAGGCAAGUCAUGAAAAAAAUGGACGCUCAAGUGCUGCCCCUCGGGAAAAAGAGAGACCUUCUGGUCGUGACUGGUCGGGGACGUCUGAUAGGAGGCACCGUGAGGAGAGGGAGCAGGAAUGGGACAGAUCUGAAAGGGAUCAUCGGGAGCCCCGUCACAGGGAGGAAAAAGAUAGCCAUAGAGAUCACCGAAAGAGAGAACGUGACUCAGGUUAUGAUGAUGACUGGGAUAGGGGCAAGUCUUCUUCUAGGCAUCAGAGUAGGUCGCGUGCUGUGCCUGAAGAAGAUCACAGAUCAAGGUCACGGGAUGCGGAUUAUGGAAAGAGGAGACGUCAGCCAUCAGAGUGAUACAAGUUGACUAUACGUUUACAUGAGGACUUAUUUCUGUCCUCGUGGUUCCAAAACCAGAACAUCAGCCUUUGCAGUUUCUGCAUUCUACCUUAAACUGCAGAAAGUGACCUCUUGGGGGAAGAAGUAAGUUCUAUCAUUAGGAUGAGAGAGUGCCUCAAGUCUCUCGUUUUUUUCUUACUGCAUUUUACCGAACAUCAUUAGAUGAACCCUAAUAUCUGUGUGCUAAAAAUCAUAGUAUCUCUUGCUUGCAAACGUAUGGUUAUGCUUGAGCGGCUGGAUUAGAGUAUCCCACGUUGAUGAACUCAUUGAACUUAUAUUUAUUCUGGAUAAUCUGUUGGUGAACUUGAUCUAAACCUGUUAUGUCUUUUUGAAUCUUAUGUUCUUUUAAUUGUUUAGUGAAGGUUCAGAAUGAUAGCUAAGCUUCAUAUUGGCUACCUGUUUCUUGUUUCAUUAACCAUUUAGUGGGAGUUAAUGACAGUUAGCUUUCUUCAUUAAAGUUUACUCAUUUACUCAUUUUACUCACUUUCAAUAAAUCAAUAACUGUAUCCAGGGUAUGCUGACACACCUAUCUACUCUAACCCAUUCCAUCGAUGCUUCUCAUCAUUUUGGGAAGCCCAAAAUUCCUCUAGUUUUUCUAUUGAGAUUGAAAAAAGAAAGUUUGAUCUUGUGCUAUGUUGCUUCUUCAUUUUGUCUUUUAAGUUGGUAAUUCAUUGAUAUUAGUCUGUGUGGUUGGUUGUUCUAGUUUUUGCUUUUCUUUUUUCACAUAGAUGCAAAGUCUCAUGUGAUUUCAUUCUCCAUGUAGUAGCUGUCGAGCCAAACAUACUGAACUGUAUGCAUUUCUCUUCUGGCCUCUGAAAGCAGAGUACAGCAUAUGUAAUGUUCAUGCAUGCGUGGCUCUUAUUUGAAAUUUCUAAGUGGAGGUUUCUGAGAUGAUACUCUUAAUUAUUUGCUUUUCUUGUCUUGGCGAAUGUUUUUCUUAGAGUAUGUUAUUUUACUCUUGUCAGUCUUCUUGAGUUGUCUGGAGGUUUAGAAAGGACUGUGUCGAACCAUUCGACACGUAUAUAAUUAGAAGUACAUAUGGCUAUUCAAUCAUAGUGGCUCUUACUUUAAACAUCAUGAGUUUGGUUGAAGUGAGAUGUUACUGUUGAAUCACAGAUUCAUUUCAGUGUUUGUUAGUUAUUUCUUCCGUUGGGUGGCUGAACCAGUUGACUUUGAUAGCAUGUGUAGUGUCACGAAAGUAUGAUAUUGAUCGCUACAGGAUGUCAUUAUCAGGAAAUGGGUAGUUAUCUGUUGGAUAUCUUUGCUGUUAGGAUAUGUAGUUGUGCUCUUUCUUGCAAUUGGACACAUGUCUUGUGGAUUUUAGAGUUGCCUGUCGUUGAAAAUUCAGUUUUUUCGAUUGUCCAUUGACACAGGAGUUUUCUUUUAUUAUCAAUCCAGGGAGUGCAGUGGACUACUCCUAUUUUUUCAAUGAUUGAAUUCAACUGUUAUGGUUGCCUGGAGGAAGAUGUGUUAGAUGGCUGUCUUCAUUGGAUUCCUCCCUUUGUAGUAGUUUGUUUUUUCCAAAGGUUUCGAAAGAAGCCUCAAUUGUCAUUGGCUCAUGACGACCUGGUGUCGUUUUUUGAUGUAAAUCACCAUUGUCUGUCUCAAAAUGUGUAACUGGGUCCUUGGCAUGUAAGUGGCCUCCUUUUAAUAGCAUCUUUCUUCUUCUUCUGUAUUUUGCCCUCUGAGUCAGCUUGUAUUGCUGCAAGGUCCAUAUUUGUACAUGACAAACCCCCUUGUAAUUUCCUUAUGUAAUCUGUUAUGCCCUAGAAGAGCCGGAGUAGAGGCCGCAAAUAGUUCAUAGUAACUGCCCUUAUGUAAUCUGGUCACUAGUCACUACAAGUCACAACCACAGGUGAGGAGUCUCAGAUGACUUGCCAUUUGCAUGUAAAUAAUUUUUAGCAUAGCUC